AACGGCGUUCCAAUGGUGAACGGACUGCCGAGUGGAGGGCAGCAGACAGAUAUGAACCAUUUAUGGGCGGUGGUUCAGCAAUUAAGCCAGCUACUUGAGGAGAACAAGGCGCAGACAAGGGGUAUUGUAGAAGGGGUCGCUGCGAUACAAGGGAGAGCUGCCUUGGAAGAGGGAGGAGAGGUCGGCGGUGGCGCCGGGCUGCGAGCGAGUGGUAUAGGUAUGAGGGAGGUAAAUGGGGAGAUUAACGCAGCGACUCAGGCGCAUCUUCAAAACCAACUCACGACGGCCCAAUCAACUAUAGCCUCCCUUACCGCGACAAAUUCAUCCCUCUCCGCUCUUCUCACCGAUUACGAGUCCGCCCUAGCCCUCCUACUCGACAAACUUCGUCCAUACGCUUAUUCUCAGACGUCAUCCAUCCUCGCACUUCACAAACACUACCAGACGCUUCUUGAACAGGAGCGCUCCACAUCCAUGGGUCUCAGACUUGAACAUGCAGAAUGGCAGGCAGGACUGAGCCGGGUAGCGGAAAAUGCGAGGAACGCCUUGCGAAUGCAAGGAGAAGCCGAAGAAAGCCUGCGCAGACAAUGCAAAGAGCUCGGAGAAGAGAACCGUGUGCUCCGACGCAUGGUUGGGUGGGAAGAGCGAGAAGACAGCGACGACGACGGUGAGGAAAACCCAUAAUAAAGCAAUAAUAAGACAGGGGUGGUAUUUGUGUAUGUGUUGUCGAUUCGCGGGUUUGGUGCAUAGCGAUGGCGUUCGGGCACUACUGUAUCUUGACGACUACGGUCUGUGUGGAUCGCAGACUUUGUUUUCCAAGUCAUGUUGAUUUCUCGUGCGAUGUUACAUGGUACGGCCAUACGACGCGAGAAGCACUUAUUUU